UCCGAGGAAAGGAGGGAGGGAAGGAGGGGAUUCUCCAACGCUCCUGCCGCCGAUUAUGUCACAUCGAUCAGCUUCUCUGCAGCAGCAGCAGCAGCAACAGCAACAGCAGCAGCCGGCGAGGCGGCCAAGGAAGCCGGUUGAGGGGCCAGCAGAGGCUCAGCCACAAAUCGAACAUCAGGGUUUGCAUGCUGUUUGCUUCUCCUUUGCCGUGCCACUGCCCCAGUUUGGUGAACGCCCCUGGCCCAAGGUGCCAGGGAAGAUGGCCUCCACGCCGGCCUAUUUGCUGAUGCUCUGGCCAUUGGUCCUCCUGCUUCUCUCAGAUCUGGCAGCAUCCAUCGAGUUUCCCGAAGGCUAUAACCGGACAACCUUGCCACAACCACCUGAAUUCUCAGAGCAGCCAGAGAAAGAGCUUGUGGUGUUCCCCACCGAUGAGGUGACCGUGAGAUGCCAGGCCAGCGGGAAUCCCCCAGUGGAGUUCCACUGGACCAAGGAUGGGAAAGAGUUUAAUCCGAAUGAGGUGCCAGGGAUGACGCAACGGAAAGGAUCCGGGACCAUAGUCAUCACCACAAACAAUGGGAACGUGGCCACCAAGUUCAAAGGGGUGUACCGGUGCUAUGCCACCAACUCCCUGGGCACGGCCAUGAGCUACGAGAGCCGCAUCAUUGCUGAGAGUGCCCCACAGUGGCCGAAGGAGAAGGUGGCACCAAUUACGGUGGAAGAAGGGACUCACACUAUCUUGCCUUGCAAUCCACCUAUCAGUGCGGUUCCUCCCAAAAUCUACUGGCUCAAUAGCAGGAUUGAACACAUCGUGCAGGAUGAACGAGUCACCAUUGGUCAGGAUGGGAAUCUUUACUUUGCCAAUGUGCAGAUGACGGACAGCCGACCAGACUACAUUUGCAACGCUCAUUUCCAAGGUCCCCGCGUCAUCAUCCAGAAAGAGCCCAUUGAACUGAAAGUUACAACCACCAACACUUUAUCACACAAGAAGCCAAUGAGAAUCAUGCCAGAAAAGCGGCAGACUACAUAUGUUGCAAAAUUGGGCGAGUCCUUGGUCCUGGAGUGCAUUGUGGCUGGACUCCCCACACCUUCUGUGGAAUGGGUCCAUAAGAACAGGCUGAACGUUUAUCCUAACGUGGUCUUUGAGAAUGCAAAGAAAACCCUGCGUAUCCUAAAUGUGACUGAUGACGACGAUGGAGAAUAUGAAUGUAUUGCUACGAAUGACCACGGCAAAAUCGUCCUGACGUACACUGUUAACGUUGAAGCUGCUCCAUACUGGAUAAAAAAACCUGUGAGCCAGAUCUAUGCUCCAGGGGAGAGCGUACGCCUGGAUUGUGAAGUUGAGGGAAAACCCAAACCAGAGGUCUCAUGGAGAAUAAAUGGAAUCCCUCUUGAAGAUGUGAUGCCAGAAAAGCGGAGGAAGGUGCAACCUGGGGCUUUGAUCAUCAAUGAGGUGGAGCCCAAUGAUACUGCAGUCAUCCAGUGCGAGGCCCAUAACAAACAUGGCAGCCUCCUAGCUAAUGCCUACAUCCUUGUUCUCCAGUUGCCAGCACAGAUCCUAACCCCAGGUGGGUUAGAGUACAGCGUGGUGGAGAACCAGGCUGCUGUGUUGGACUGCAUGGCCUUUGGGGUGCCCAGGCCCACUGUGAAGUGGAUUACGGAUGACAAGUAUGUCCUAGAUGACAUCCGGAGUUUUCUAUUCACAAAUGGGACUUUGCUGCUUGAGCAAGUCCAGCGUCAAGAUGCAGGAAACUUCACAUGUAUAGCUGAUAAUGAUGUCUAUGAAGACUCCAUCACCGCUCGUCUCAUUGUCAAAGGAGCCACCACAUUUGAAGUGGGGCCUGUUAACACAGAGAAGAAGGAGGGCGAGACUGUGACUUUCCAUUGCAAGGUGCUGUUCGAUGAGACCAUUCCAGAGCAUGGCAUCAAGUGGCGUCGAAAUGGGAAGGUCAUUCAGGAAUCAGAUGAAAAUGAGAAAUAUUUCAUCAAUGACACGUCUUUGAUGAUCACCAACCUGGACUAUUCGGAUCAAGGAAUAUACAGCUGCCUGGCUUGGACCGCUCUAGACUCUGUGGAGAAAAGUGCCAAGCUUGUGGUGUAUGGCAAACCUGGCCCUGUGUCAAAUCUGGAAUUGUUGAGGCAGCAGGAUCACCAGGUGAAGCUGACUUGGACGCCCGGAGACGAUCAUAACCGAGACAUUGAAGAGUAUACUGUGUUUUGUGAAGAAAGCAAAUUUAAGCCAGGAAAACUGGAGGAGUUGGCCACUAUACCAGGAAACCAGCCAUGGGCCAUUCUUCCCCUCUCUCCAUUCAGGAAUUAUACCUUCUACGUGCAGUCUAGGAACAAUCAAGGAAAAAGUGAACUAAGCAAAGCAUCAGCCAAUCAUGUUACAAAGCCAGCAGCUCCUGACCAGAAUCCAGCAGACGUCAGAGGAGAGGGAAAUGAGACCACAAACAUGAUCAUCACAUGGACGCCUUUCCUUCCCUGGGAGUGGAAUGCCCCAUCAUUGAAAUACCACGUUCAGUGGCGACAGGAGAAUGAAGACCAAUGGAACGAGACAGAAGUGGAAGCACCCCCUGUAGUGGUGACUGGUACCCCGGUCUUCACGCCAUAUGAGAUCAAAGUGCAAGCACGCAAUGAGUUUGGCAAAGGCCCUGAACCUUCCAUCGAACUUGGCUACUCAGGAGAGGAUGUUCCUGAGGCCAUCCCUGAGAACUUGGCUGUUGAAGUCUUGAACAGCACCACCAUCAAACUUUCUUGGAUCCUGCCAAACAGAGAGAAGAUUUUUGGUCAUCUCAAGGGGUUCCAGGUGUAUUUCUUCUGGCUGGGAACCAUGGCAGACCGCAGCCGUCGGCAAGCCCGUGCUCACACUCACUCACACGGGAAAGUGUUGAUUGAGGGAGAUGUGUCUGAAAUCAUCCUUGGGGGCUUCAGGCCGUGGAGCCGGUACCGGGUUCAGAUGUCUGUGCUCAAUGGGCGGGGAGAGGGUCCCCACAGUGAGGCCAUAGAGUUUGGCACACCUGAGGGAGUUCCAAGCCGGCCUGAAUCCCUCCAUAUGGAAUUCUUGUCAAACACAACAGUGACCUUGGAAUGGACACCACCCAGAUUUCCCAAUGGGAAAUUACUGAGAUACGUAUUGGCAUACCAACAAGCCAACCAGACCUCUAAUCAGACCAACAUGGGUUUUGUUAGUGGUAUCACCAUCCCAGCCACUCAACUUAUGUUCAACGUCAGUGACUUGGACCCCUACACUCCUUACAAUUUCUAUCUGUCGGCAGAAACCAGAGAAGGAUCAGGAGAGGCCUAUGUUCUGCAAGAGCAUGCAAUUCGUGAGUCAGUGAACCUGUCCUUGGUGAACAUCACUUUGGGUGACGUACGGGAGAAUUCUACCACCAUCUUCUGGACCACGCGUCAUAAUCAGCGAGACGUGGAGUUUGCAAUCCAUAUUAUGAGCAAGACUGAUAAAGAAAACUGGCAGGAUGUAGGGAGGGUCACUUCCAGUCAGGGUUCAUACCUCAUCCCAGACCUGGAACCGGGAAAGCAGUAUCGGGUUCGGCUGGUGAAAGAGCACCGCACUGGAGAUCUUCAAGUCAUCUGGGAAUCAGAAAUGUCGACUGCUGGUUCUGUUCAUGAGAGUUUCCGGAGCUUUGCGGCGCAAGGUUGGUUCGUCGGCUUUGUCAGUGCCAUUGUGCUCCUGGUCCUGGUCCUGGUGCUUCUCUGCUUCAUCAAGCGCAGCAAGGGCGGCAAGUACUCGGUUAAAGACAAAGAAGACACCCAGGUCGAUUCGGAGGCCAGGCCCAUGAAGGAUGAGACCUUUGGAGAGUACAGAUCCCUGGAGAGUGAUAAUGAAGAGAAACCCUUCACCAGCAGCCAGCCUUCCCUGAAUGGGGACAUCAAGGCCCUGGGAAGUGAUGACAGCUUGGCAGACUAUGGAGGCAGCGUGGACGUCCAGUUCAAUGAGGACGGCUCCUUCAUUGGCCAGUACAGUGGUCAAAAGGGCAAAGAGGGAGGGGGCAAUGACAGCUCUGGGGCCACCAGCCCAACCAACGUGGUCACUGCCCUGGAGUAAGAAUGGGGCCUUUUCCCAAAGGAUGAAUCCCUGGAGGAAGAGGAUUUCCCUGUGGAUUAUUGGGGGAGGACAUAGGGACAAUCCCCCUCCUCAUCAAAGGGAAAGAAACAAAGAAAUUAUCUCCCUCAAAUGGUGAUUGGGGAAAUACACCCCUUUGUUUACUUGCUGACCCUCUUUCACAAAUCAAAGAGGGUUAGAAUAUCAGGGGAUUCCCAAAACUAUUCACUCAACCCUGAGCAAAGUCAGCCUCUCAUUUCCACACCCUCCCCUCCCCAAACCAGUUCCUUCAGCCAAAUUCUGUGUGUAUGUGUGUGUGGCAGGGAAGGUGGGGCAAUGACAAGAUCAAAGGGCAGGGUGGUCUCAAUGAGAGGCAAACAGAGCUUCUUAAGGGUGGGGGCUCAGGGUUCAAAAUUGCCAAAAGACCUGAGUCCCCAUUUCCCAUUGGUGCCCCAGAAAUAUUUUGUAUUUGUACAGGUCUAAGGAGUGAGUCCAUGUUAGUUGAUGCUGCCAACUCUCAUGCCCACCUUAGGAAGGGAAAAGAGACAGAGGAGUCAGUGGGACAGAGAGGGCUGGAAAAACAGAGGGUCUUCCCCUGGCCUUUGAGAGAAGGAGGGUGGCCAGAAAGAAGCCUGGAAGCCAGACCUGGUGUGCUGAGAAAAGAUUGGAGUAGCGAGUCAAAAGGGAUGGAUUCUUUUGAUUCAUUCUCCCACCAUCCACUUCUUAUAGAUGAAGCCAACUUUAUCUAUAAGGGACUGGGAAGUGUGCUUCAGCUGGACCCCUGAACUCCACUCCAGUGAUCUCUCUUAUCCUCCUUCCAAAAGGGUUUUUGCCCCCAUUUUCCAAACCUUACCUUUCCCAAAACAGCAGCCUUGAAUUUUUUUUACCUUGAGGACACCUCCCUGGCUUCAACCUGUCUUCUGAGCCUCUGCUCCUGCAUGCCUGCCGUGAAACAUAUUCCAGGGCCCACCUCAGUCCCUCCUGGAGCACUGGCCAGUUCUGCUGGACCUUUGUUUCCAUUAACCUGUAUGAACUGUACAUAUACAUCAGGAAUAAUCCCCUCAGCUAAAAGCUGCAGAGGGAAAUGGUAUGCAAUCGGGUACAUAAGGAAAGUGCCCACCAUUACUGACGGAUGAAGACCUGCUAAGUGUCUGAGAGAGUCCAGGGUGCCCUGAAAUCCUGUCUGAAAACUACUAUUAAGAGCUCUGAUGCCUUCUGGUGCUGAACCCCACCUUUUCUUUCUCUUUCUUUGGUGCCACGUGAAUUCAUCUCCCUCAUUUUUCAGAUAACCAAACCCCACAGUUCUGUCCACUGGAUGAUUCCCCACCAUUUCACACAAACAACCGAAUCACCUUUUUUCCCCUUGCCCCCCCCCAAACAGCAGUUAUAACACCCCAAGAAUCCCCUGCUUCUUGAAUGCAUCUCACGCAGCUGCCUUGCGACACGUUCUGUCUUUCGAAAGUGGCCUCUUGUUCACUGAAUCAAUCCCUGCCCCAUCUCCACUGUCAUCCAAUGUAACCUUUUUCCCCCUCUCUCUUGCUUGUCGGGGAUGAAACCAAUCCUUGCUUUUUUGCAUAAAAAGGUUUUUAAAAAUCAUUAGAAAAAUAAUAAUAAUGGUAAAAGUACUCCAAUGUUUUGAACUACAUAAAAGGAAUCCUUGUCUUCUCCCUGGUCUGUAAAUAUUUCAAACCCUUGUGCUCGAGUUUGUUUUAGGUGUCUUAGAACUGGUGUUUUGAAGUCUUCUAGUUGGUCUAUUUAGGUGGCUUGGAAUUUAAAAUAAAAAACAAAAACAAAAAAGAAGGGGAAAAAACCACACACUUUAAAAGGUCUUUUUUCUCCUGACAUGUAAUGCCAUCUCCCUUCCCAAAGCCUUCUUGCCCUGUGUAUUCUUAUCUUUUGUCAGGUCUGUUACUAUCUACCUUUCUCUCUUGAUGGCUUUUUAUAAAUAUAUAUAUGUAUAUAUAAACAGAAUUAUAAAAUGUUAAAUAAAUGCUGAAAUUGGA